GCCAUACAAAUGGUGUCGACACAGAACGAGUUAGCAGACAAAUUCAUUUUUGGAAGUUUCUUAACAAACACUCGAAAUUUGUUGAUUACAAGAAGGCAUCAAGAAGCACGUCUCUAGUCUCUGCUGUCAGGGAAGACUGAAGAUCUAAUCUGGAGUCCCUUGAGCGAGCCUAAGGCAGCAGAAACCUAUCUAGCAAUGGCUUUCGUUAUUCCUCCUAAAGGAAUCCUCCAGACUGAGGCUCUAAGAAAGACAAGGAGAAAUUAACCAGGCUAGCAGGCAGCAAUGGCUUUCGUUUUACCUUCGAAAGGAAUUCUCCAAAGCCAGGCGCUCAAAAAGUACAUAUGUGAAACUAGUGCAUAUCCUGGGGAGCAUGAGCAACUAAAGGAGCUACGAGAAGCAACGGCAAAAAAAUAUGGCAACUUAAGUGAGAUGGCUAUACCAGUUGAUGAAGGGCGUUUCCUAUCAAUGCUUAUGAAAAUCAUGAAUCCCAAGAGGACUCUGGAGGUUGGUGUCUUUACAGGCUAUUCUCUCCUUUCCACUGCACUCGCCUUGCCUAAGGAAAGCCAGAUAACAGCGAUAGACAUAGAUCGGGAAGCUUACGAAGUUGGAUUACCAUACAUUCAAAAGACUGGCUUGGAGAAUAAAAUCAAAUUCAUUCAAGCAGAUGCCAUCUCAGUUUUAAAUGAAAUGCUAAACAAUGAUAUGCAGCCAGAAUUUGACUUUGCGUUCGUAGACGCUGACAAGCCUAACUACAAGCAUUAUCAUGAGCAAUUAGUGAAACUGGUUAAGAUUGGAGGUGUGAUUGCUUAUGAUAACACACUGUGGUUUGGCUUGGUUGCAAAAGAAGAAGACGAGGUGCCAGAGCAUUUGAGGACUAUCAGGACAGUCAUCAUGGAAUUCAAUAAACUAAUAAGCUCCGAUCCCCGUAUAGAGAUUUCCCAAGUUUCCGUUGGUGAUGGUGUUACACUAUGCAGGCGCCUUUACUGAAAAUUUUACGUAUAGAAGACCUCCUCAAUUGGUAUUUAUCACGGUACUUGUGCCUGGGAAUAUGCUUGCAGAUCUUCGAUUACUAAUUUUCUGUUCUCUAUUAUGAAUGUGUAAAGCUAAUAUAUACAUUUUCUUAAAGCCGAUAGCUCGCCUACCACCGUCGAAUGAACUUCAACAGAUAUAGUAAAUAGCAAGAAAAACCAGUCACCCUUGAUGCGUGCCCACAAUGAUUUCAAAUAAGACCACCAAUGCUAGCAUCGCCAGGGUUACCCAAAAAGCAAUCCCAUUACCAUUUAACUCCCACCAAGAAGCCUGAGGAUCUAAUGCCAAGAAACAAGUCUGCAGUAAUCAUCAUUCGCGAUCGAAGGUUCAUCAUCUCAGAACAGGCAGGCCUGAACAUAAUUCCUGCAGAACUGCCGACGUCAAAUAAGUGGUGAACCACCACAUUUGAACUAACAAACAAGCUUUCCAUGAAGUGCGAUUCUAGAUCUGGGCUUGAAACAUAGGCCUGGCAUAUGCAUCUGGUUGUUGGGCUUGAUAAAGAUGAAAGUUUGCCUAAAAAACAAGUAAAAUACACUGUCAAAAACAAAACACGGAGAACAUGUAAAACUUAAGAAAUGGCAUGAUAAAAAAACAAAAACAACCAACUUUUAAAGUUCAUACCGAAACACCUUUAGAUUAUUCUAAACCUAAAAUUUGAUGUAUCCAAGACAUUUUAUUUGCAUCGAUGGAAAGUUGAUAGUGACCCAUUUCGUUUCGUAUUACAUCGUGACAGUGGUGUUUUAAUAAUGUGUGCCAGUUGAUUUGGUUUGUGACUUUGUAGAAUUAGAGGGAAUAGGGUUUUUUUUGUUUUUUUAUGAGUAAAGAGGAGCUGAUGUUCAUCU